AUGUUACAUGUCGUUAAGUGCUGGGCUGUGUUAGACAUUGUGCCUCAACUCAGUAGCUGUACAACUCAUCUAACAGAAGAAGUCCUUGUUCAUGAUAACACCACCGAGGUCAAUAUAUUCACAACGCCAUCUGUUGCACCGUGUGUUGAAGAUUUAUCGCUAGAAAGAUCUGCCAAGCAAGGAGAAAUAUCAACGGUUCCAUUAAUAGAAAUCUUAGAAGAUGAUUACCCACAAUACACUUGGGUGGCUGUCCUGGUGGAGCUAUUUAUCAUGAUCAGUAUUACAGUAUCUUACCUUACAAUAGGAUCAGCUUUAUUACAUUCAUUUCUUGGUUGGCUGGAUGCUCACAUGGCGUGGGAUAAAGUUGAUAAAGGAAACACAGUCCCAGCAAAGGUCAAAUACUGCCCUAAAAGGAUAUGCAGACCUUUGUUCAGUCUUCUUGUUUUUGGUUUAGUGUUUGUCGUUGCCAUGUUAGAUCCAAAGGGUUUUGUAACAAUGCUUGAUAAAAUAGCUUCUCUUCUCCUCAAUCUGGAAGCAGGUCUUUUCAUCUUCCUCAUGAUAAGAAGAAGUAAUUCAGCAAAAUACAGGAGUCUGAUAAUACCCUACCCAGUCCAUCGCCUCAUCUAUCCAGCUCAUUACAUCCUCGCUAUCUACUUCCUGUUCGCUGUCGUCUAUGACAUCACAGUGACUGCCAUCGAAUGGUUUACAUGAAAUUCAUUAUAGAGUAACUCUCAUAUGUGAACAGGUACAUUUAUCAUUGGUUUAUACAGUGAUUGCUUUUGACUGGUUUACAUGAUAUUCAUCAAGAGAACCUUUCAAAUGUGAAGAGGUAUCUCAUUGGCUAUCACAGUGACUACCAUUGAAUUGUUCAAAUGAAAUUCAUCAUUAAAAGUAACUUUCAGUUGUGAACAGGUAUCCCAUCGGGUAUCGCAGUGACUACCAUUCAAUUGUCGACGUGAAGUUCACCAUUAAGAGCAACUUUCAAAUGCAAACAGGUACUUCAUUGUUAUCCCAGUGAUAGUUAUCACAGGGACUACCAAUGAAACUUUGGUUAAGCUUUCAAAAGUGAACAUGCUUGUUAUCUGUAGCACUACACAGAUGGGGGUUAAAUGGUUCGCAUCAUAAUGUCAGUAGGUAAACCUUCAAAUCUGAACAGGUACAUGUAUGUCAUCUGAUCUUGGUUAUGGCCAUGCAGUAAGUUCUGGGGCACUAGAUUUAAUUCAUUGAUGUGUGAACAAGGUUUUCUUAUAGUACGCAAGGUGAUACAUUGAAUCGAAGGUUAGUUUUCAGAUGUGAACUGGUGCAUUACAUGUACUUUAAGGACGUUCCACAGUUAAAGUGAAAUCCAUGUCAUUUUCACCAAACUUUGCACAUAGAUACUUUAGAUCCUUAAUAUUCGAAAUAUGCAAAAAUUAACAUAGGUCCAUGUGCUUGAUUUUUUGCUAUAGAACUUCAAAGUUCACCCAAAUUGAUGUUCUUAAGAAUUGCGCAUUCAAAAGAAUUUGGCAUUUUUAGACCGCCCAAGAUUACUACAAUGAGCAUGAUGAGUUUAAACCUGUAUUACUCAGUCAAAAUACAUGAAAAAGUCAUCAAAUUUCGCAAAAGAGUUAAUAAUUGUAUCGUUAGAAUGGAGAAUAUAUUUAAAGUGCUAUUUGUUUGCAAUUUUAAGUUUAACAGCACUGUCAGUUCUUAAAAAUGGCGUAAAAGAUAACAAAAUCCCAAUCUAAAAAAUGUGAAAUUUCAGUAACAAACUACAAAAGUACAAUAAAUGCUGCAGUUUAUUCAAAAUCCAUGUCAUUUUCACCAAAAUUUGUAGAGUUGUAAAGGAAGGUAUACCUAAGAGGAACACACAUUAAAAAAUAGGGGUUCAUGUGCUUGUUUUUAAACUAUCAGUACUUUUAUUAGAGCAAAUGUGCUUUUUAAAACACAAAAAAUGCGCCGAAUGCUUUGUAUCUAUGUGAAGAAAAAAUCAAAACCACUCUACCAUUUAUUCAAACUCGGGGUAAUAUUCGUGAUUCUUGGCAGCACUGCAGAGUAAAGUAUUUUGAAAUUGUAGAGAAUCUUUUUUUAAUGGUCCAUGGAAUAAUUCAAUUUUUUAGCUUCAUGAAAUAACGCAUCGGAUCUGCAGUUAAAGUGCAGAAGAUGAGAAAAAUCAGCGCAUACCUGCAGCUAAUUAAUCACCUGUUCAUCCAUUGUGACGUCAGCGCGCAGAGUGUAAACUAUGCGCAGAUCAUAAUGCGCACAAACAUAACUGUGGAACGUCCUUAAUACACAAACCACUGCCUAUCUACAGGGUAAUAUGUACAAAUAAUGACUGACCAAUUUAAUUUUUUCUACUUAAAUCAUGUCAAAUUGUCAGUAUUGUACACUUACAUGUACAUUGAACAUAGAUCAUGGUCUGAAUUUUUUGGUUUUGUUAAGUUGGCCAUUAAUGUGAUGCAAAUCUUGAUCAGUGCAUGAUUAAUUAAUGAUAAAUAUAACAGUGAUAAUAAAACUCAUUUUUCAUAUAUAUUUCAUAUAUGUUUUUAUAUAUACAUGUACCCUGUACAAUGAAGUCUCUUAUAGUACUCUUAAUUAAAAGAUAAUUUGGAGGUAGAAUGAGAAAGAAAAAUGAUUGAAAUCAAUAAAUAUCAUGUUUAAAAAUCUUAAGACUGGCAGCUACAUGUACCUACACCUACAUUGCAUCAGGAAUCAGAAACAAAAAAUUGGGAUUAUCUUUGAAAAAGGUAAAUGAUACAUGGUCAGGACAUCAGUACUUUGGUAUUGAUGAAAUAUGAAAUGUAACUUAAAAAUUGCAAUAAUGAGUACUAGUAAUUGUAGUUUUCUUGAAAAUAGAUAAAGAGAACAAAUAUUCUGGUUUGGGUUUUAGAGCUUAAACUGAGUUGUUAAUGUAGUUUCCUAUACAUGUACAUGUAGUUUGACCACAAAUUCAACCAUGUUUUGAUGUGAAUGCAGGUUUAUGGAUAUUGCUUUCUUUGUCAUCACAUGUGUUUUUGUGGUACAUGUAAAAUCAAUAUUUUUUUUGUUAACUUGAGGCUAUAACAGAGUAUUCUGAGAGUUGCUUCCAUGAACAGUAUUGACCAAGGAUUUCUUCUUAAGAUUAAGUAUUCAUUUUGAUGAUAGAAAACAAAUGGUCCAAUUUGGGAGGGGGGAUAGGAAAUUUUUUAAGUUUUAUUUUUCUGUUCAUUUUAACUAGCAUAUUGCAUUAUAACUUAGUUUAGGUCAUUUUGAAACUUAUCAAAGAAACAAGGGCAUUUUUUUAAAAUACAUUUUCAAGUUUAAUUGCCUUUUGCUCCUAGAUUUUUUUCAUGACAUCAAAACCAAUGUCCCAUAGAUGGACAUUAAAUGUGAAUGAAAUUAUGGUACAUUCCUUAUUUAAAUAAUCAUGUUUACUGAGGUGUUAUGAAUGUAUUGAUAUUGUAUUCUUUUCUUCCACAUGUACAUCAAGUUUAAAGCCUAUGUCAAGCUUUGGUAAACAAUUAAUGAUGUGAAUUAUGAUCUACAUUGGACUAUCAUUUUGACAUUCCAAUUUUCAGCUAAUGUCAUUAUUCAUCUACCGCAUAACUUUAUUUUUUACCUUAUUUGUGAAAUCAUGCAUGAAUUAUGAUUGUAUAGUUCUAUAUUUUCCAACAAAAUAAAUGAGAAUGAAGCGUACAUUAAAACUGAUGAUUCUUAUGGAUAUCCAUUGACAUUAAUUACAAGUGCAUGUACAUGAAGAUAAUGGUGCUAAAUGUUAGAAAUUGAAAACAAAUCCAUUAUUUUAAAAAUAAAUAGUAGCUUAAAUGUAGCAUUUGAGACAUAAUGGCCUGAAUUCACAAAGGUGGUUUUGAAAACCCACGGUUGAGUCCAUGGUUUAUGCAGAUUUCCUAUAUAAAUUACGCUUAAUUUAGCGCACAUCGGGUGCGUUUAUGAAAAAAUGUCCAAUGCUGAUGUGCGCUUUUGUCGCAGUGCGCCAAAUUGACGCCUGCUGCCGUGGUUAUCCAUGCUAUUUUAUUCAUGAGUCCACUGUUUUUAUUAGUGAGUCCACUUUUCAAACAGUGGACUCGUGAAUAAAAUAGUGUAUCUAACCAUGGUAACAGGCAUCAAUUUGGCGCAAUGUGACAAAAGCGCGCAUCAGCAUUGGACAUUUUUGAUACACGCGCUCGAUACGCGCUAAAUUAAGCGUAAUUUAUACAGGAAAUCUGCAUAAACCAUGGACUCGACCGUGGGUUUUCAAAACCACCUUUGUGAAUUCGGGCCAAUGGAGACGUCUGCACUUUACAUAGUAUCUUGUAUUUUUAACAUUCUCUUCAAUAGUAGAAGGUGUAGUUCAUUCAUUGGUGUAUACAUACAUGUAGACAUUAU